AUGCAAGUUAACCAGAAAUCACCAAUACAACAUUAUAAAACAAAUAAUCUUCCUCCACAUUGUGAACCUAAUCUAUUAAGUGCUGGUAAACGCUGUUUUUGCCACUCAAGAAAUUGUGUCGACGACAUACUCAGAUCCCAUAUAUCAGCCAUUACAACAGCAGCUCAAACAGUAACAACAAAAGCAGUUCAAGUUCAUAACCAAGAAUUUCGUUGUGGAGGUUAUGUCUGUCAUAGGCAUCAGAAAUGUGUAAUAGAAGAGAAUAGGCACAAACAGUUACAUUUUAGAUGUGAAGACCAUUCGGAUCACCACACACCACAUUGUGUGCCAAAUUUAUUAAGUGCCGGCAAACACUGUAUAUGCUUAUCAAGAUCUUGUGUCGACAACACACUCAUUUCACUUGUUUCAGGACAUGAAGUUUCAGGACUUAUUUGUGCAGAUCAUGAUGAUCAUUUUUGUCAUUCAAACCAGGUGUGCGAAAUCAUCCAUUCACUUAAUGGACUUUUUAGAAAACGUUGUGUGGAUCGACACCAUGGUUUACAUGAAUGUCGACAUGCGCCUGAUGUUAAUGAGCAUUGCUUCUGUACUACCCAGGAAUGUGUUUUUGUUCAUACAACAACAGCUCAACAAAUAACAACAACAACAGCUAGACCAACAGCAACACAUAAACCAACAACAACCGCUAAACCAACAACAACAACAGCUAGACCAACAACAACACCUAGACCAACAACAACGACACCUAAACCAACAACAACAACAGCUAGACCAACAACAACGACACCUAAACCAACAACAACAACAACUAGACCAACAACAACACCUAGACCAACAACAACACCUAGACCAACAACAACGACACCUAAACCAACAACAACUACACACAAACCAACAACAACGACACCUAAACCAACAACAACAACAGCUAGACCAACAACAACACCUAGACCAACAACAACGACACAUAAACCAACAACAACACACAAACCAACAACAACACACAAACCAACAACAACACACAAACCAACAACAACACACAAACCAACAACAACACAUAAACCAACAGCAAGACCAACAACAUCAACAGCAAGACCAACAACAACGACACCUAAACAAACAACAACAGCUAGACCAACAACAACAACUAGACCAACAACAAUAACUAAACCAACAACAACAACAGCUAAACUAACAUCAACUAAACCAACAACAACAAGAUCUAAACCAACAACAACAGCUCAACCAGUAACAAAAACUACAGUGGUUUGCCAAGAUAAACCUGGAGUGAAUUGUACUUUAUUCAACGCAAAUUUUUGUGCCAACCCAUAUUCAAAUGAGAUUUGUGCCAAAUCAUGUGGUCACUGCACCAGUUUUAUGCAGUCUGCACUUGGUUAAUAUUGAAUUUAAACUAUACGAUGUUUUUGUUUUUUAUCAUGUAUUUCAUGUAUUUCAUGAAAAUUGUGGUGGAACUGAAUAAAAGUGUCAAAAUUGAGAAGAAAAUUAUAUCUAAUCAUGAGAGAAUCUUUUAUAAGAGGCUUUUAAUUAAACUAUAUACUUCACAUUACUUCAUAGAACUUACCCGAACGUAUCCCGGUGUAGCGAAAUAUAGCACGAAAAUGGGAGCAUUCACUGUAUUUA